AUAAAGGUAACUGCCUGUCCACACUGCGGGGCUACCUCAGCUUGCUGGUGAGCCCUGCUUCCCCCUUAGUGAAGGUGACAUCUAUUAGAAGGUGGGGGAACCACCCCUUCAUCUGCCGCCCAUGUGUGCACACUUGGCUCUGCCCCCCUACCAGGCUUACCCCGGAGGGACUGGCAUGGGGUACCUGGACUUUUACUGGAACUCGGCGGGGGAGGCAGGACAUGGCCCCACUUCGGCUGGGCCCGGGGGGGCCCUGGGCGCCGGUCAGUCUCCGGAGGCAGGAGGGAAGAGGCAGACGGCAGAAAUAUCCCCAGCUUCAUCCAGUUCUGGGAAUUUCAGCCAAUUCACACCAGAUUCAGCCACCAGUCCACAUUCAGCAUCCUCGUCCCCACAGCCUACGGAUAGGUCUCAGGAGGGCACAGAAGAUGGCAUGGACGACGGGGUGAGGAAUGCCAAGAAACGCACAGCUUUCUCCAAGGAGCAGCUGCACACCCUGCACCAGCGGUUCCAGAGCCAGAAGUACCUCAGCCCCCAGCAGAUCCGGGAGCUGGCUGCUGCCCUGGGGCUCACCUACAAGCAGGUGAAGACUUGGUUCCAGAACCGGAGGAUGAAGCUGAAAAGGUGCCAGAAGCAUAGCCUGUGGCCUGAACGGGCUCAGUGCCUCACGCAAAGUGCCUUCCAGCCAAGUACUUACCUGGACAUGCACCCCAAAUUCCACCAGGGCUACCCAAUCACAGCAGCCAGCAACAUGCAAACCAUGCCUCCCCCCCAUCAGCACUACGGAACAGGGCAGAAUGCUUACACAAUUGUGACCAAUGAAGAUGGAGGAGUCUUUGGCAAAGGUGGGGGCACCUGCAGCGUCCAGCAGGCACUGCCCAGCUUGAUUGCCCAGCACAAAGUAGACUUUUACCACAGCUGUCCUGGCAGUGUGGAAUAUCCAGGCACAAAGACGGGUGACAGCUGUAACUUUCACCACUCUGCCACCAUGGGGGCUCCUUUCCCAACCACCGCUGGCCACCAUCUCUAUCAUUCCUAAGCACUGUGGAUGUGGGGUACUUGGGGCAGCUGUGAAUCAAAUCUUAUUCUCAUUUCUCCAUUUGUUAUUCAUGUGCUCUUCAAUUCUGAGGCAUCAUGUAGCUAGAACCUGUUUGGGCUUCCAAAUAUGUGCCUGCAAGCGUGCACAAACACACAGACGUGCAGAUAUCUGUUUGCCCAUAUAUGUAGAUACAGCUCUUCAUUCAUAUGUCUUUACACAUGCACACACACACUCUUCUUUAUUGGCAGAGACAACCUUAUAGCAAGACUUGAGAUCUGGCUACCUAGAUAAUGCCCUGGAUCUUCUAAAUCAUGGAUCUUGUAACUUGUCUCAAGAGGAGGCACAGAUUCCUUUGGGGAUCUCCUUUGUACAUAUCACCGUACAGUUGUGUAUACAUAACACAUGAAGUCAUGGAGUGUAUGGAGAAGUGCUGGUCACAUAUCAUUCACUGAAAUUGGAGAAGUUAUUGUCACACACCAAGUAUCUGAUGAUUAGACCACUAGUUCUGUGGUCAGCCACAAGGUGUAGGGCUGAUGAAAUGCCUAGUGAAGGGAGAUGUGACAAUUAGCUUGCACAAAGGCUGAUAAGACUGUCUUAUAAGCUUCAAAAUUAUAAAUAAGCCCUUUGUUGUAGUUUUUAUCCUUAUGUGCCUCCC